UUGUAAUUAUAUCGACUUUUUCGCCAAGAGUUGCUUGAUGUGGUAGAAUUUCCGUACGAAUGGAAGUCGAAAUUACAACAAAUUCGCUUUCGAGUUAAAAUCUUUCAUUAGUUUAUUGUCACGAUAUAAUGUAAAUGAUUUUUUUAAUAUUAUAUGAAGAUAAAUAUCUUGUUUGAAAUUACGGAAAUCAUGACUGACCGAUCUAUAGCGUCUCGUCCAAGUUUGGAGCAAGUAGUUGCCAUUGUGGAUUUUAUGGAGAAGCACCAGGCUCUUGCUCUGGGGCAGUUGAGGGGGCUCGAGGGUCGCGAUGAGAGCAAGAAACUGUGGUUCCAGUUAACCAGGAUAGUUAAUAAUAUUUCUGGACCUACUAGGCCUAUGAAAUCAUGGAUUAAGUUUUGGGCAGAUAAGAAGUCUACCGUCCGAGCUAAAGUCCAGUCCAGUGGCGGGGAUCCCAAUUGUUUGUCUUCCAACAUUGAGAAGAAGAUAUUUGACCUUUUCCUUGCCAGUGAUAUUUCAAAAACCCGCAACUCUUCAGUAAAGCAAGAAUCUCACUAUGUCGAAGAAACCUACUUCGAAGAGGAAAUGGACCAGAACCAUGUUGAUACGGAACCCACAUUGGGGUUUGAAGAAUCGGCAGCAGAUCCCGAAGAGAGGCAGAUGGCUAUCAUGGAGAAAUUGGUGAAAGUGAUGAGCGAGCAAGCUUCAGCGCUUUCUCAGCUUGCGCACGCGUCGCUCGCCAACUCUCAGGCCAUGGACAGACUAGCAGAGGCCUCGCAAAUACAGGCGCGAGCCGUAGAACGUCUCGCGAACACAUUCGAAGCAGUAAGUACGGACACUCACGCGGCUAGGAAUGCACUUUUAGAUAUUGAUGCCACUAUGAAGAGAUUCUACACAACUUCACCCACUUAGCAUACGUAUAUUUAAAUAUAAUUAUGGACUUUUUAAAGCUGGAUGACUAGGUCUUAGUACCUAUAAACAUAUUGACAGAUGGACUUUUUGGCGGGAUCAGACACAUCAUGUUGUUUGUGAUGUAAUUCAAAGUGUCACCAGUUAUAAAAAAUAUCUAUGAAAAUAUGUAAGUUGUUCAAAGAUACUGUAUUUAAGAGCAUUCAAUUAUGUUAUGCGUCUUUAAUAUUUACUUUUUGUAUGCAAAAAAUUGUUAUUUUCUUAGCAAAAUGUAUACAUGUUAACUUCUCCAUGGUUGAAGUCCGUUUUGACAGCUGUCAAACACGUUUUUUUUUGUAGUAGGUCUGUCUCUUUCGCAUUUGCUUUAAGUUUAUCGUUCUGUUCCGUUCAGUAUAGCCAACCCCUUAGUUUUAACUGUUGAUAUAGAAUUUUCUUAAUUGAACAGCGACAAAAUAAUCUAAUUCUGUGGAGGAUUUACAGUUUUUUGAAUUCUGAUCUCAAUUUAUUCAAUAUUGGGGUUGGCAACACAGGUUUUGUUGUUAAAUAUUAUUUAAAAGUUCAAGUUAACUAAUAUUAACUAUUUUUCCCAUUUUUAUGGCAGAAAUAAUAAGACUAUCUAGUUAAUUAAGUUAAAUAUUACAAUAAGGUAUUCACAGGUUUUGUUGUUAAAUAUUAUUUAAAAGUUCAAGUUAACUAAUAUUAACUAUUUUUCCCAUUUUUAUGGCAGAAAUAAUAAGACUAUCUAGUUAAUUAAGUUAAAUAUUACAAUAAGGUAUUUGCCACAUUGAAAAUAUUAUAUGUUUUGAUAGUAUGAAUAAAUGUAUUAUACCUAUGAUCCA